AUGCCUGCAAUUUCCACAAUGAGUCAUUAGUGCAUAUUUUGCAAUGUAACAUUUCGUCGCGAACAUAAUUGUGGAAAGUGUGCCUAAAGAAUGGUCUAGACAGAAUGGGAACCUUUCUACUCUAGCAUACUGGGAAACACUGAUUAUGAGUUAUGCAGUUAUCAGGAAUGAAUUGGUUUUCAAAUUUCCAAGGUCAAAAUUUGAGCUGGAAAAAUGUGGGACUUCAUUAUCUUGCUACACAAGUAUCAUUGGGCAUGCCAUCAUUUAUUUGAAAUGUAUCUUCUAUACAGUAUCUUGGUGGAAAUGUUUAAGUCAUCUAGCCCUAAAAAUAGGUAGAUCUAUCACAAAUCUGUGAGUGUCGUGCGCAGCAUCACUAUUUACUGGUCUCAUUUGUUUAUGUGAAUUCUUAAAAAUGGAUGGGUGGUUUAAUUAUAUGACCACCCAUUAUAUUCAAUUGAGUGAUAUAAUUAUGUAAACCCAAAAUAAUAUUUUGGUGUCUAAACCUUCUUGUCGACACUUAAAUUAAUUGUCUGAAUUUUUUUCUAUUCUCCAAACAAGGACAUAGUAGUGAGGUAACUCUAGUGCGGCACUAAUAGUGCAGUUUGUUCAUUAUAGUUUUUAGAGAAUAUAAUUAUACAUAUGUACCUGCGGCCCACAGAAAUUGCUAAGCCCGAAUAUACAUGACUUGAGAAGAAAAUCAAUAUUAAAAACCCACAAAAAAUGCGUAAGAAAAAGAAAUUAAGGCACACAAAGCAGAGGAAACUAAGCUUGGCAGCCAACGGCUAUAAAUACCUCACCACCUUGUUCGCACCAUCCAAAGAAACAGAGUUCCAGCAGAGAAGAAGUGAGAGCCCAGAUUGUAAACCACAGAUUUGCCUUCUUCCCCCAUCAUGGCUGCCAUGUGGUGUCCGAUCAUCGGUCUCCUCCUUCUCCUACUCCCACUCGGGCCCUCCUCCGCCAUCAAGUUCCCACUCAUAGGCAACGUCUACCCUGAUGGCCACUUCUAUGCUACGUUGCAGAUUGGUAAGCCCUUGAAGCCCUACUUCCUGGACAUCGACACUGGCAGCAACCUCACUUGGCUGGAGUGUAAGCACCCGGAUCACGGCUGCAAGGGCUGCAACCAGAGGACACCACACCCAUAUUACAAGCCAGCAGCUCAUAACUUGAUGGUGAGAUGUGACAGCUGGAUAUGUGCUCAACUGCGCAAAGACCAGCCUGGUAGUCCUCAAUGCCCCAACAGCGAUCCACAUCGAUGCCACUAUGAUAUCCAAUAUGUCUCCGGGAGGUCAAAAGGCGACCUUGCCAACGACAUGAUCUUUAUCAAUAGGAGAGAUGAUAUGAACUACGUUUUCGGAUGUGGAUAUGAGCAGGAGGAGCCAUUAGAGCAGCCAUCGCCACCGGCGGUAGAUGGCAUCCUUGGACUCGGGAGGGGAAGUGUAGGAUUUGUCGCUCAACUCAAGGCACAAAAGAAGAUAGUCAGGAAUGUCAUUGGACAUUGCCUCAGCAUCCAUGGAAAUGGGAACCUUUACAUUGGGGACUUCAGGCUGCCCCCAGGCGACGUCACCUGGGCACCCAUGAGUACAUCAUUGCCUUACUACUCACCCGGCCCAGCAACACUGCUCUAUGAUGAACAGCCGAUAAGAGGCAGUCCAGCAUUCACCACAGUAUUUGACAGUGGAGCCACCUACACCUACACGCCUGGCCAGAUAUACAAUGGCCUUGUUUCAAAGGUUCAAGACACCCUCCAUAAAUCAUCACUUAAAGUGGUGAAGGAUCGUGCUCUGCCUCAAUGCUGGAAAGGAAAAAUGCCAUUCAGAUCUGUCGACGAUGUGAAGAAUGAAUUCAAGCCACUGUCGCUAAAAAUUACCCAUGCCCGCGGCACCAGCAACCUGGACAUCCCUCCUGAAAACUACCUCAUCGUGACGAAAGACGGGAAUGCGUGCUUGGCCAUCCUCGAUGGCUCGUCGGAUCGUGUUCUGAGGCAUCUCAUCUUAAUUGGAGAUGUUACGAUGCAGGAUCUGUUUGUGAUAUAUGACAACGAGGUCAACCGUAUCGGAUGGGUCCGUGCACAGUGCGACAGGAUGCAGGACCUUGAGUCUGUCAUCAUCGAUUCACGUCUCUGAAUAAAGUUCGAAUCGACAUAGACAAAAACCUUAGCAACAACAAUAUAGUGCUCUCGUACGGUAUUCAAAAGGUUGUAUGAUGCUCCCGUUUAUAAUGAAACAUGAUGACAUGUUGAGGAAUAAAUAAAGUGUAAUUGCCGAAGUUAAAAAA